CAAUGACCCAACUGCCGGAUGAUUUGGCUAAGGCUUAGCGGAAUUUCACUGGCCCCACACUACAAAUAACUAUCACACUAACAAGAAUCCAUGCGACUGAGUGACUAGACUACCACCCAUUAGACAUUGAAAAAUACUCAUAUCCGUACUGAAACAAUAAGAAGCAAGAGCAAAGAAAUCCAUCCUUUUUUUGCAAGCUCGUGAAAAUAGUACUGAAUAUUGUCAAUUGGACCAUUCAGCAUGUUGACUAGUGCCCUAGACCCAUAAAUUCCUGGUGAAACGGGACCUAUUUCAUAUCAGUGAACGUUGUGGGUGAAUGUUUCCGAUCAUCUCAGAUGUGUAUGCGAGUUUCUCCAACUGAUUCCGGUAACAGCGGAAUUUUAUUUGUUGGAUUCAAUCAAGAUUAUAGUUGUUUUGCAGUUGGUAUGCAAAAUGGAUUCAGAAUUUUCAAUUGUGAUCCUUUAAAACAAUUAGAACGCUAUGAAUUCGAUAUUCGAGAUGGUACCGGUGUUGGUUACAUGGAAAUGUUAUUUCGUACAAAUUUACUUGGUAUACUGGGUGGCGGUAAUCAUUCACGUCUACCAAGUAAUGUCGCUUGUUUAUGGGAUGGAAUAAAACAACAGUUUGUCUUAGAAAUUACCUGUGCUACAGAUGUUCGUGGCAUUCGUCUAAGACAUGAUCGAAUAAUAAUUAUACUUGUAAAUGCUAUCAAAGUGUAUACAUUUAGCCCAUCACCUCAAUUAAUUUUUGAAUCAAAUACAUGUUCAAAUCCUUCAGGAUUAUGUUAUGUCUGUCAAAGUGUUGAUAAUCCAUUGGUUGUAUUUCCUGGACGACGACCUGGUGUUGUAUCAUUAGUUCAUAUUGGAAAUACUGGUUGCAAUGUCAAUCUCAAUAACAACGCAAAUAAUAAUAAUUCUGGGAAUGUUACUAACAAUAACAGUAAUACUACUACUAAUAAUAAUAUUGGAAGUACAAAUACAAUAUCCAUCAAUACUAUUUGUCCAUCAUCAACAAAUGCUACUAAUAUGCCACCAAGACAAAUAAUUGCACAUGAAAAUCCACUUGCAUCAAUCACUUUAAAUCGUGAUGGUUAUCUACUGGCAACAGCAUCACAAAAAGGCACAUUAAUUCGUAUAUUUUCUACAAAAGAUUGUACUUUAUUACAUGAAUUACGACGUGGCACUAGUCAAGCUACAAUUACAUCAUUAUCAUUUAAUAAAGAUAGUGAUUUAUUAUGUGUUACCAGUGAACGUGGUACUGCGCACAUAUUUUGUCUUACAAAAGAUUCUUUAACUAAUCCUCGUAAUAUUCAAAUUAGUAGUAGUAAUAGUAUUAGUAGUAGCAGUAAUAGUAGUAAUACUAGUAUUAAUCAUAACCAUAGUCCUCAUUUGACAAAAUCUUCAGGAUUUGGUUCCGGUAAACUCUCUCUACGUUCUCUAUUUUCUACUACAAGCCAUAUACGAUGUGUUUUGGAAACGAAAUUUAAAGCUAUAUGUGCUUUCAGUUCUGUCAGUCCUGAUACUUUAAUAGUUUUAUCCGCAGAUGGAUCUUACUACAAAUACACAUUCACAGCAAAUGGUACGGUAACACGUGUAACAUUUGUAAACUUUCUAGAUUUCUAUGAUGAUGAGACAGAUUUCUAAUUUUGUCAAUGUAUCUAGUUCUUUGAUAAUUUAAAUACUAAGUAAUUGUGUUUUUGAUAGCUUAUCCUAUCGGUUCUUUUUCAAUUCAUGUUAACAUAGAUUGAAUAAAUUUAAUUCUUCCGUAGUUACUGCUGAUUGCUAUUAUUGCUAUUACACCUCUCUCUCUCUCUCCAUAUAUAUGUUUGUGUGGGUGUUUGUGUAUGUGAUUAUUUAUCUAGUUGUUUUUACUUUUUGUUCUACAUUUGUGAUUUGUUUAUUUAUUUUUUCUAAUUGAACAUUGUGGGGUUUUUUUGUCUUUCCGCGCUUUCUUCAUCAUGAUAUAUUAUACAUUUGUAAACUCUGUUUUAUACAAUGUGAAUUUAUGAAAAAACGGGUAAGAAUGUGUAUUAUUAUGAAUGAAAGUAGUAGAGAUGUAAAACAAUGAUUAUUGAUUAUCUUGUUUUUCUACGAUUUUCAGUUGCGUUUUUAUUUAUUUUUUAAGUAAUACUAAGCUUUUCUUUAGUGGUUAGAAAAUAAAUGUUAAUCGCCACGU